AUGAUACAACUGGCCAAGACCACUAAUGAUCAAAUAAUUGAGACAAGAGCCUACCACAAGAACCAGGAUGCUUCCAUCCGAAACUUGGAGAGUCAAAUAGGCCAGUUGUCUAGGCAGUUGGCUGAAAGAGCUCAAGGACAGUUCCCAGGAGAUACAAUUGUGAAUCCAAAGGCAGACUGCAAGUCCAUUGUGACUAGGAGUGAAAUUUUAAUCACUCCUCAAGAAAAACCAAAAUCGGUUCAGCAUGAGAAAGAAGAAGAAGCACCUGCCAGUGAAAAAGAAGAACCUGCAAGGCAAGACAAAGUAGAAGCAAAGAAGAAAGUUGUGGAAGCUCCAAAGCAACCGAUGGAUUUUUCUCGUUUUGAAAAACCUCCUUAUCCUAUGAAGCUCAAGCAACAAGCCCAGAAGCAACAAUAUGCCUGGUUCUUAGAUAUAUUUAAAAAGUUACAAAUUAAUAUUCCUUUUGCUGAGAAGAAGUUCCCACCAAAGCUUCAAGAUCCUGGGAGUUUCAACAUCCCAAUUGCGGUAGGCAACACUAAUGUUGGUCGGGCACUGUGUGAUCUCGGCGCAAGCAUCAACUUGAUGCCAUUAUCAAUAUGCAAGUCAUUGGGAAUUACUGAGUUGAAGCCAACCAUGGUCUCUCUACAGCUCGCUGACCGUUCUUUGAGGAGACCUAAUGGAAUCAUAGAAGAUGUUCUUGUUAAGGUUGACAAGUUCAUCUUCCCGACUGAUUUCAUCGUGCUAGACAUGGAGGAAGAGAGUGAAAUGCCCCUUCUGCUGGGUAGAUUGUUCUUGGCCACAGCUCGAGCUAUGAUUGAUGUAGAACAAGAAAAGCUCGAGUUGAGGAUGAAUGAUGAGAAAAUCACUAUCAAUGUUUUCGAUGCUAUGAAGAAUCCCUCUUAUCAUAGUGAUUGUUUCAAAAUUGAAGUGUUUGAAGAGGUGGUUAUGGAAGAGAAAAGUGAUUAUCAAGAGCUUGAAGAAGAGUUGAAGGCUCUAGAUGAAGCUGCUCCAAAAGAAGAGCGAGCAAUUGUCUUUGAGGUACUAGAAAAGAAAGAAGAUGACUCAGCUACAUUGGUACCAAAGGUGGAAUUAAAAGAUUUGCCUGAAACUCUUAAGUAUGCUUUCUUGGGAGACGAAGAACAAUAA